AACAUAUUGAUUUUUGCUGUCAUUUAAAAAGAGGAGGUGCUGAACAUGAUAGCAGCCCUGCUUAUGAAUGUGUGAAAUUCAUCCUGAGUGUAAAAUUUAUUUCUAAUGAGCCUGUGGUGUUCUUCCGUAGCUUCUUCCCCAGCCUGUCUGGUGAGUUGUCUGCCAGAAAUCUUUCUUUGGAGGAUCGGUUUUGUCUGGUGGGGACCGCUUGUGUUCUCAGGAUUCAAAUUCUAAUGGACCUUUUCACUGUAAAGGAGUCUGGUGAAGAUGUUCUGCUGGCCCCAGAUUCGGAAGAGGAACAUCUACCUGUGGACCACAGAAGUGUUCAAGGCCAAAGAAGCAGCUCUGGAAUGGAACUUCUGCAUGCUGAACCUGAUGCUCCUGCCUCAGAAGGUCGAGUUAAUGUUGUAAUGGUUGACCAGUAUGGAUCACAAGAAUCUGCUCGUGUCAUUAAAAGAAAGUCUUUUACAUAUUAUGACUCCAGCACAUCCACCUUGGAAACCAUACCUGAACCACCAGCACCAUUAUCUUUGCCGAGCUUUGAAGUCAAAACUGAGGUGGAACAUGUGGAGCAGAUGGACCACAUGGGUGAGAUGGAGCAGGUGGAUGAGGAGAAAGAGGUGGACAAGGUGGACCAGGUACCCCAGGAGGACCGGGAGACCAUCUCGUUCCCCAGUGUCACUGCUGACGUCGGAAAUCAGUCACUACACCCACCGCCGUCCGUCAUAUGGUACGUCAACAGACGGGAGGAGGAGCUGAUGAAGAGGUUCCGGGAGCAGCUGGAGGAGAGGACGCAGAUGCUGCGGGGUGAGAUCUGGAACCAGAACCACGCGCUGGAAAUGUUGAAGGAGCAGCUCCAGUCAAUGCAGGAUUCCAAGUUGCAGAUUCAGCCAUCUACCUCACGCCACAUUCACAGUCCUGAGCCCCAGCCUUUGGAGCCAGUGCCCAAGAAACAAUGCAUUGGGCCGAUGCAUAGGUCCCUCCCAGACUGCAAGGAGGCCAGGCACUUCUGUGGUUCAUGUUCAUCCUACUCCUUCCGAUUCCCUGAGGAGCUUCAGCAGCCCUGUGACGCCUCUUCCCAGCAGCCCGCUCAGGAGCUGGUGCAAUACCUCCCACAGCAGGCGGGGCUGCAGGAGCAGUCACAGCAGCAUAAUGUUACUGUGGAAAACCGUGUGCUGCAAAUACUCGUGCCAAGCCAACCUAACGUCUCCUUGCCCCUCGAUAACACCCAUAUGUUUACGUCGACGCAGCACAUCACGGUUCCUGUCCAAUUAGAAGCUGAGCAACAGCCCUCCAGCAGCUAUCAUGGUGAAAACCCUGGGGGCCAGGAAGGCAGGAGUCAUAGUUUUCUUCUUGAGGACCAGCAGGGGCCCUGCCUGAGUCCUUUGCUCCUGGCACAUAACCCAAGCUCUGAGAUGAUUUCUUCUACCGUCAUCCCUCAGUGUCAGAUAAGUUCUGACUCAAACUUAGUCAUGCUGCAGAUCCCAGAGGAUUCCAACCAACUUUGUCAACAGCCAGAAGACCCACAGCAUCACCUUUACUUCCAAGUUGAAACUUGGCCUUCCAGUGAGCAGGCCUCCCUGCAGGACCAAGUUACUUGGGUUCAGGUACCAACCCCUGAGACAGAAGUCCAGGGCUCUUCAGGUCUACAGAUUAUCCAAGACGACACGGAACACGGGCCAGGCCAAAUCUGCUACUUCAUGUCUGCAGCGCCGUCCAACUCGUACGAGUAGCAGCGCCACAUGUACUUUCCUCUCUAGCCUCGAGAGAAGAAGGGGAGACAAGAUGCUGAGGCCUGCAUGACAAGGGGACCUCCAAGGCGCACACAGUCCCCUGGAGUAAGGGGUAGGGGGUGGGGUGGAUCCUUUAUUUUCUUUUCUGACAAGUUCUUUUUGUAAUUGUUACUUGAGCACAACCUGUUCUUUGAAAUCAUGCUACAGAGGCAGCCUGUGAUCCCUAGCGUGUGCUGCCCAGCCUCGCAGACACCGAAUCUACCAUGGGCAGGCAGGCUGCGGAGUCUGCUCAGGGUAGAAGAGCCUUUUGAUGACAAGAAGUAUUUUCCAGCAUGGUUUGCAAUCUAGUUGGAGCUGUUCCGUAUCAGGCUGUGAAAAUUCCGAGGCCUUGGCCUUGACGAUCAAGGUCGGCACUUCCUCCACAGUCAAGCUGGGGAAAUGCAUGGAGAACAGCAAUCCAACUGUGGAAAAAGCUGAAACCAGGUCAAAAGUUUUAUGCUAAAGUACUCACGGCUUUG